GCCGCCGCGCUGGAGGCCGCGAAAGCCAAGGCCAAGGCCGCGCCCGCCAUCCCGCCGGCGACGACCACCGCGCCGGCGGCGGCGCCGCCGGCUGCAGCGACCUUCGGCCCGAAGCCACCGCCACCGGCGCGGAGGGCGGCGGCGGAGGCCGAGCCGCAGUUCAUCCACCAGCCGCCGCCGCUGCCGAGGGAACAGCACAACCCGCUGCCGGCGAAGCAGAAGGAGCCCGAGCCGAAGGCGCCGAAGGUCGCCGACAGCAGGGCCGCGGCCGCGGCCGCGGCCGCGGCGGCGGCGGCGCAGCAGCAGCCGCCGCGCGCACCGCCGCGCCCGACGCCGCCGCCCGAGCUGCCCGAAAGGCUGGCCCCCGUCCCUCCAGACACGGGGCCGCCCGUGUACAGCGACGAGCACGAGUACCCGGACCCAGAGCGCGCCCAGCGCGCGCUGAGGGUCGUGGCUGGGGCCGCCGCCUGUGGCGUCGUUGCCUCAGUCGCGGACCUGUUCCCCGCCACCUGGUUCAUGUGGAGCUUCCUGGCGGUGCACCUGAUCGGCGUGAUCUUCCUCACGGACUACGCCCAGGAGCGAGGGCUGCUGGUGCUGUGUGCCACCUUCGGCCUGCACGGCGGGGUGGCGCUGAGCGAGUGGAUGCUCUGGGCACUCGGCCGUGACGGCGCCGACUCCGUCGGACCUUGGUCGAUCUUGGUCUUCUUCGCGUGCGUGGGCUACCUCCAGAACUUCUGGCUGGAGACCACCACGCUCCCCCCCGACUACAUCAACAGCAUCUCGUUGUGGUUCCCCAUGUUCCCGGCGUACAACGCCGCGGUCGCGCUCAGCUGCGCGGAGCUGUUCCUGGAGUGGAGGUAUUUUCCGGAGUACAAGAUCUGGACCAGCUGCGUGGUGCUAGGUGUGUGCUGUAUGGCUGGCGGUCAGGCCCUCAUCUGGAGGUCCUGCAGGACCGCCGGCAGGAACGCCUGGGCCAGCUGCCGCAACAUGCCCGAGGACGAGGAGAAGCCAGAGGACUUCGUCGGCCUCGAGAUCCCCGACCGGCGGAUCGUUCAGGAGGGAGCCUUCAGCUGGGAGAGACAUCCGACGUACCUCGGCGUGAUGUUGUGGGGGGUGGGCGCGGAAAUUGCGCUCUGCAACCCGGUGAUGCUGCUGAUCGUCGGCUUCGUGCUCUGGGCCUCCUUGCUCUAUGUCGCGCUGGAGGAGGAGCAGGAGCUGUAUGACGAGUUCAGGGGCAGCUACGCGAAUUACGCCGCACUGACAUACUGCUGGAUUCCGCUCUUCAACUCCUUCCUGGAGAACGGCGCCUUCCAGCGGGAGAUGUCGGACAACGCGGAGGAGCCCGAGGAGGAGCUUGACGAGGACCUCGAGGACGAGGGCGACCUCGACGACGAGGAGGAGGAGGAGGACGCGGCGAGCGAGGACGACCUCCUGCCGACCUGGGAGGGG